CGAAAGGCAAGAAGUUGAAAAAGGAGGGAAAAUCCAGAAACCCUACAAAUUGAUUCUCUCACCUAAUCUUUACAAUGGCGAGGCUUCUGCGAAGUGCUUCCUCUCUCCGACGCUACAUGUAUCCGCAAUUGCAGGAAUCCGGGUUUAUUCAGCUGCGUCAAUUUUCCACCAAAGGUAAAAGGAAAACAAAGAGUGCUGCAAGUGACUCUGGAGAAGAGAAUAUGUCCAAGAAAGACUUGGCUCUAAAGCUAGCAUUAGAUCAGAUCACAAAAUCAUUUGGAGAUGGAUCCAUAAUGUGGCUUGGCAGGGAUGAUUCACAUACGCAUCACCCUGUGCUUUCCACAGGAUCGUUUUCUUUGGAUGUUGCGUUGGGAAUAGGAGGAUUCCCGAAGGGGCGUGUAGUGGAGAUAUAUGGUCCUGAGGCUUCUGGAAAAACAACCCUUGCAUUACACUUGAUUGCAGAGGCACAAAAACAGGGAGGUUAUUGUGCCUUUGUUGAUGCCGAGCACGCACUUAAUCCCUCUUUGGCUGAGGCCAUUGGAGUAAAUACCCGAAAUUUGCUGAUAUCACAACCAGAUUGCGGUGAGCAAGCACUCAGUCUGGUGGACACCCUUAUCCGAAGUGGUUCAAUUGAUGUUGUUGUUGUGGAUAGUGUAGCUGCUCUGGUUCCGAAAGGUGAACUAGAUGGUGAAAUGGGAGAUGCUCACAUGGCUAUGCAAGCUAGACUUAUGAGCCAGGCACUACGGAAAAUAUGCCACUCUUUAUCCCUCUCGCAGACCAUAUUACUAUUUACAAAUCAGGUCCGGGCAAAGCUAUCCACUUUUGGAUUUGGUGGACCCACUGAAGUCACUUGUGGUGGGAAUGCCUUGAAAUUUUAUGCUUCGGUACGUCUAAAUAUCAGGAGAACAGGAAUGGUCAAGCAAGGAGAAGAGAUCACAGGAAGCCAAGUUGCUAUAAAGAUUGUGAAAAACAAGCAUGCACCUCCAUUUAGAACGGCAGAGUUCGAGCUCGAGUUUGGGAAAGGCAUUAGCCGAGAGUCCGAGCUUAUAAACUUAGGAUGCAAACACAAGUUCAUCACAAAAUCAGGCUCGUUCUUGAAAAUGAACGACCAAAACUUCCACGGUCAGGACGCACUCAAGCAACAUCUUUCUGAAAAUGCGAGUGUAAGAGAAGAACUGGAGAAGAAGCUAAGGGAUAAGCUUCUGCAUAUGGAACCCGAUCAUGAAGACAAAUCUCAUAAUGAAGAAGCUCUUGCUGCAUUAGACAUAACAGAUGAAGAAUCUCUUGCUGCAGCUGUAGUUGUAGCGUAGGCGUGUAGGGCCAGUCAUUGCCUUCUCGUGCAUCAAUUGAUUUCUCCAGUAGCAGUUAUUCUGAUAGUGUAAUCCUAUUAUUAUAUCAGAUUCAGAUUGUGGAGUUAACAAAAAAUUUGUGAUUUGAAAGAGGCAUAUUGCGCAAUUUGUUUGAUUUUUCUAUGCUUCUAGUGUCAAUCGCAUCUGCAUUAUGUACACUAGUAAAUUGCCUGUAUAUUCAAC